UCGUACAACAAAGGUUGUCGCACUGUAUCCCAGUAGCCUAACAUGUGUCCCAUUCGCGUUUUAUGCAGAAUACAUGCGCGGAUGUACCACUUCGGACAUACAUAUCCCUCAAUUAUUUAUAGCUGCAAUACACAGAGUAAGGUCAUAGUAGCCGAGGACUGUGACCCUCCGAGCCAAGUCCCGUGAACACGCAAGGCAUCUAGACUGUUCGUUCAACGAGAACGUUUGGAAACAUAAUGUUGGUCCGCAAACAUGGCCAGUGACAACUACUAUGUAUUUGGAGGAUCUGGACCAAGCUAUUGGAAAAUUUGAGAGGGAAAAAUGUAAACAGUACAAGAAUGGUAAGGCACAUUAAAAAGUUCCAAAAUCUCCAUUGACUAUCAAAUACAAGUUUCUGGGAAGUGAAAAACAAGUAAAAGAACUUUCAAAUGAAACUACAUGUCCUGAAGUAUGCAAUACUGCUGGUCCAAGUUCAUCAGUAAACUUAAGUGAAAAUAUGGCUCAGAUUUACAGUGAAACACAAAAUUCACCAUCAUCUUUACAACUUGCAGUCUCAAGUGCUUCAGAAUGUGCAGGAACUAGUGCCAGUACUAAUACAACUAGGCCAAUAUGGUCUAACUCACACAGUGUAAAUUCAAAAAUGUUUUCUUUUCUCGACCAUAUGACUCCAACAGCUAAGGACAAAGCCAAUGAGUUGCUGGCUAAAGCUAUCUAUGUUAGUGGAGCACCUUUAUCAAUGGUUGAGCAUCCACUGUGGCAAGAAUUCUUUAAGUUAAUUCGCCCCACAUACAGUCUGCCAACACGAAUAUCAGUUUCAAAAACCCUUCUCGAUGCAGAGUUUCCAAAAACUCAAAAUAGAAUUAAAGGAAUAAUAGCUGAUGCAAGAAACUUUGCUCUGCAGUGCAAUGGCUGGAGCAAUCUCAGGAAUAAAAGCAUUUUCAAUUUCAUCAUCAACACACCACAGCCAGUGUUUGUAGACUCUAUUAAUACCAAAGACAACCGUCAUACUGGAGAAUACAUCGCUGGUGAAAUGAAAACAAUUUUGAUGAAAUAUGAUCCAAGAAAGUUCUUAAUAAUUUUUGGUGAUAAUGCUUCCAAUAUGAAGAAAGCAGGUGAACUGGUAGAAAAUGAAUUUCCACAUAUUGUGUCUAUUGGAUGUAUAGCACAUACACUACAUAUUUUAUGCAAUGAUAUUGUGAAGUGUGAGUCAGUUUCUAAUUGUUUCAAAAGAGUAGUUGACAUCAUUAAAACAAUCAAACAGUCUCAUAUUUUAACUUCAGUACUUUCUGAAAUUAAUGAGACAAAAGGUAACAAAACUACUCUUCACUUGCCUGCUGUAACCCGUUGGGGAAGUUUCUUACAUUGCUUAGACAGUAUGAUGAACAACAGAGUAAGUUUACAGACCUUAGCAGUAACAGGGUGUCUACCAGAUCUAGUAAAUGAAAUUCCCUGAUUUUUCCAGGUCUAAAACUGAACCUUUCCAGGUUUUCUGUAAUACAAUUAUGACAUUCCACGAAACUGAAAAAACUGCAUAACAGUACAUUGACAGGUUUCAAAGUAUUUCAACUCACUUAAAUUAGUAAAAAAAACACCUUCUUCCAGACAUGGCCAAAGUGACUCAAUUGAUGGCAAAUAAAACAUGCUACUACAAAUAUUUCACACACUUAGUUUUGCAAAAACAUAAGUAAAAGGAAGCUCCCAUCAAUUUCGCAGUGACUCAGCUUUUGCGUCUAUUGCACUUGCUUCAGAACGAGCCAAAUACAACACUCGAGCCUUCUUCAACUGCAAUGCCUUGAUCUUCUCUUCAACUCUUCCUUUUCUUUUUGUUUUGUUUGCAGGGCUUCCUUAUGCAUACAACUAGCAUUUCUUACAUACUGUAACAUGGACUUGGUGAUAUCAACAUGCUCUACACCUCCAGAACGUUGAACAAAGUCGUACAUCUGUCUUUGUGCGAUCAGUAUUUCUUCCUGCAAGUUUUCAGUCAGCAGACUAGAAUUCACUGAAAAUCCUCUUUCCAAUGAUGCAUUUCCAUGGGAAAGUACCAACAUCAUCCUCACAAACUUUAGAAGGCCUGUUUUGGCAGCUACUGUAUGUGCCUUAAGAAUGAGCAUCCACAAGUGAUCAAGGCGCCAGUCUUCUCGAGAAAAAUACGAGAACAGUGCUUCAGAAUCUUGCGAGGAACAUACCAACUGAUAUGAUCACUCAAUGUUAUCAGCUUCUUGUCCUUAUAGCCACUUGUUUUGAAGACAACAUUCUAAAAUGUAAUUCACACGCUAUUUCCUCACACCCGAAUUUAAAGCCACAGACAGACAUAAGCAGGAAAUUCCCUUGGUAAGUUUGUACUUCAGGGGACUUUUGUCUUGAAGGUUUUUUACCAUAACCUUUAGACAAGUCCUAACAUCAUUUUUCAGUAACAGGACAGACUUUACUGGUACUUUCUCUUUCUUGAUGGCAUGGCGUACUGCAUAACCCAACUUGAUAUUGUUAGCAGUCAAUAGAUUUUCCUGGUUAUCUACAUCCAAUCGAGAUACAUUGGGUUUCUCCUUAAAGCUCUUCAGUACCUCUGGUUUCAAAAACUUUCCUGCCAAAGCUAAUAAAAUGUCUACCAGUGAAUCAUAGAGAAAAGGUGCCAUGGGUGCUUCACUUUGGAACAUUGUGAGAAACAAUUCCAGCUCUGAUGCCAAAGAGUAGAAGAAUGUCAAUUUUUCUUCUAGAAGAUUAUCUUCAAGAGCACUUUUCACUGCACUGAAAGACACAGAUGAAAUAGAAACUUCACUAACAAAUUUCUUUAGGUGGGGUAACGUUUUAAUGGCACGCUCAGCAACUGCAGUAUUCCAUCUGAUUGCACAAAAUUUAUUGGAAAAAAGCUCUGAUCCAGUUAUUCUAAUGUAAUCUGCCCUCCUUGCAGGUAGGUACAUGCAUAAACAAAUAGUAACUGUGCCUCAAAAAACUAACAACGUCCAAUUGUAUAGCAGAAAUUCCAGUUUUGAAAGCACCAUGGACCGUAUGAAGCCCACAGCUACCAAUUUCUUGCAACGAUGGCGAAUCUUCACCAAAAGUGUCUGUGAAAUGUAUUUUCAAAGCUAACAAAACUGCCCAGUUUACGUUGAGGGCAUCCAUAGAUACUUAAAAUUAAAUGCACCUAUCGGUAUAAUCCGAACGUGGGAAGCACAUGCUGCAGUACGUACGUCAGCAGGAUAACAGACCAGCUUGAACCAGUUUGUAUCACGUGAUUUAGGGUAAAGUAAGGUUAUUUUGCAGCACAGGUAAUUUUGCAGCAUUUUUUCACUAGGCCAUUGCUAACUUCCCUUCCGUGCUAGAAGUUUGUCUUUCCUCCGACAGUUAGCAUAGGCUGUCCGCUUCGGAGCACACAUCUGCUCGCUUCUUUCUAAACGGUAGUUCGCUCCACAGAUAUCGUGAAAACGUACGGUGGCGUUUCAUAUUGUAAUGGAAGACCAUUUUAUACAUCUUUUAAUAAUAUAUUUUUUGUAAUUACAUGCAUGUAAGUAACAAUGACUAUAAUACAUACAGUUACAAGUGCCGAAAACGUAGUUUUUUAACCCUUCAUUUCAGAAUUUUUUUUCCUUAUUCUGUUGACGCUAUGGCGUUAGCAAUCAAGCCUUGUUUCUUAGCAAUCUGAGCCAAAUUUUGAAGUAAUGGUAGAACGUGCGGAAACAACUAUUAUUUCCAGCUUUAAUGAGCUAUUUAGGUUUGUUUAAUUAUUACAUUUUAUGUAAGGAGGUCUUCUUUUAAAUUUAUUUUUACAGUUAUUACGUUUAGGACUAUUGCCAAAUUACCUACCCAUAUUUGAAGGUACCAUGCGAACUUACCUGUCUAUAUUUACACAAUUUGCAUUUGCUUUGUUUUAUAUUAACUGAUUGAUUGCAAGUAAUAUAGAACAUAUCAUACACAGUUUUAUGGUUUUACAUUACCCAUGUUACAUUUACGAAUUUAAUAAAAUACGAUUCCUUUUUUAGGUGCAGUUCUUUGUGUGAUGUCUGGCAGCCAGAGUAUUUUCUGUAGCCCUAUGUGAAGUGGAGCGAAAAAUGUCUUCAAUAAAGUCUAGUGAUAAAAAUUUGGCACACUACCGAAACUAACUUAUGACAUUUCUGAGUUACUCAGUGCUGCAAAAAAAGUGAAACAUGAAAACUCAACUAUCUACAAGGCUACUAAGAUUUUUGGUGUACCAUAUAAUACACUGAAAAAGUUCAUUAAAGAUAAUGAAGACUUAGAUCUUCCUCAAGUGUUUAAACUGGGUAGGCCGUACGCACAACCUGCAGACAUUGAACAGCAUGUGUUUUACUUCAUUAUUGAAAUGUAAAAACUUGGAUUUGGACUCACAGUGACACAAGUAAGAAAGCUCACGUACGACCUCGCCGAGUCUGUGAAUCGUCAACAUUUGUUAAAUCCUGCUAAAAAAUUGCCAGCAAAAGGUGGGGGUCAAAAUUCAAGGAACGUUAUAAUUGUUGCUUAAAGGUUCCUGAAAAUCUGUCUGCAUAUCGUGCUUCAGUGUCAAACCCUGUAAUUAUUGAUGACUAUUUCAGUAAGUUAGAUGCCCUUUUGUGUAAAUUAGGAAUUAAAGAUCAGCCUUCAAGAAUCUGGAAUGUGGAUGAGACUGGACUUGCUUAUGUGGUCAAACCAAAUAAGGUUGUCUGUCAAGUAGGGAAGAAAUAUGUUUACAAGAGAACUUAUGGGGAACGAGGUCAGAUCCAUACACUAGUCGGCUGCACUUGUGCUGAUGGGAAUUUUAUUCCACCUAUGAUUAUAUUUAAGGGGGUGAGGUGGAAUGAUAGCUUGACAACAGUCUGCCCAAUUAUCUUGUCAGACUUUUCCCAAAGGGUUGGAUAAACUCAGAAAUGUUUCUUGAGUGGUUCCGUUUUUUUAUUAGUUCUAUUUCUGAUGCAAGACCAAAUGUUCUGUUGAUGGAUUCCCACAGUGCUCAUAUCGGGCCAGAGGUAAUACAAAUUGCUAAAGAAAACCAAGUUUAUCUUAUGACAUUCCCUCCUCACACGAGUCAUUUGCUUCAGCCGCUUGAUGUGGGUGUUUACAAGCCUUUGAAGAGCAAAUGGUCAAAAGAGCUCAAUAAAUUCAUGCUAUUGCAUCCCAAUGACAAGCCAGAUCGUUCUAACUUUCAUGAGAUUCUAGGCCCAGCAUUUGUUGAAAGUUUUUCUCCUUAAAAUAUUGUAAAUUCUUUCAGGAAAUCUGGAGCAUGUCCUUUUAAUGUUGACGCUGUUGCAAGUGAGGCUUUAGCUCCGAGUAGACUGACAGAUAAUUUCCUCACACAUGCGCCUUCAGUGGAAAAUUCUACUAAUUGUCCACAUAAGGAAAUGGCUACAGAUAGUCCAACAGUCACAAAGCAGUAGACGUGAUGAUUACCAAUGCAGGCCUAGGACUAUUUCAGAGGAAGAAGAAAUUAAUCGAUUACUGGAAGUGCCACAUUUUCCAAAAAUGAAUAGGUCACCAGAAGAAAGUCAAUCUAAAAAAAGAAAAGAAA